GACAAUAAACAAUUAUUUUUUUUACUCCAGCUUUCAAUUUUUGCACAAAUACCUCUGAUUGGCGAUAUAUAUGUAUGUAUAUAUAGAAAUAUAUUCCAGCUGCCACUUUCCUGUACUUGUUGAUCCCUCGUUGAUGGCAGUAGUUGGCGCAGCAGAGUAUUUUCGCGACCGACACGAUCAAGCAAACCUUCUUUUUGUUGUACGAGACUAUGCAACCGGCAAUAUUUUCGACAUGAAGACCAACAAAUAUGUGGGGCCUAGAGCAGAAAACCCAGCCCAGCUUAGACUUCUUGAUAGGUACCAUGUCUCCGAAAAACGAUUUCAGGAGGGCAAAUCUCUUUUCCCGGACAAACUUAGAGAUUUGAAGGGUCGCGAAGUCACUAUAGCUGGGUUCAACUACCCUCCAUACACUGUUAUUAAACAAGGUACUAAAGCCAAUGCUCUGGACAUAAGUGUACCAGAGGAUUCCGACCUCAGAAAUGUUUAUAUCGAUGGCACUGAAACUCGCAUUGUCUUAACUUUCUGUGAACGAUACAACUGCAGAGUCCAAAUCGACACAUCUGACGCCAACGAUUGGGGUACCAUUUACGCAAAUAUAUCUGGAGAUGGUGCACUAGGUAUGGUUAUUAAUAAUAAAGCGGAUAUCUGCAUUGGAGCCAUGUACUCGUGGUUCGAGGACUACAAAUUUCUAGACCUCUCUAUGUACCUUGUACGAUCUGGCAUAACAUGCCUAGUUCCGAUGCCGUUGCGGGUAGCCGGAUGGUAUAUUCCACUUGAACCUUUUCAAGCAACUCUUUGGUCUGCGGUAUUUGUGUGCUUAUGUAUAGAAACCAUGGGAUUGAUUAUAGCAUAUUGGAGCGAGCAGAAAUUAUUUUUGACACCCAGCGAACGGGUUGGAUGGUGGAGUUGUGCAAAAUACGGACUGUCCACGACUUUUAAACUUUUAAUAUCACAAUCAGGAAAUAGCAAAGCACAUUCAAUUACAGUUCGUGUGCUCCUGUUUGCCUGUUUCCUUAACGACCUAAUUAUUACCAGUAUAUAUGGGGGCGGCCUUGCCAGUAUAUUAACAAUACCCAGCUUGGACGAAGCAGCUGACAAUGUGCAACGUUUACGCUCUCACCAAUUACAAUGGGCCGCCAAUUCUGAGGCAUGGGUGUCAGCCAUACGUGGUUCUGAUGACCCCCUAGUUCAGGAUCUGUUAAAUAAAUUUCGGAUCUAUGGCGAUGAAAAACUUCUUCGGCUUGCAGAGGAUCCGCGAGUAAACAUUGGUUUUGCUGUUGAACGUUUGCCCUUUGGUCACUUUGCCAUCGGGGACUAUUUGGUGCCACAAGCAAUUGACCAGCUAAUUAUAAUGCGGGAUGAUCUCUAUUAUCAAUACACAGUAGCUUUUGUGCCGAGACUUUGGCCACUCCUAAAACAGUUCAAUUCCCUAAUAUACAAUUGGCACUCUUCCGGGUUCGAUAAAUAUUGGGAGUAUCGUGUGGUAGCCGAUAACUUAAACCUAAAAAUACAACAACAAGUCGAGAGCACUAUGUCUGGUAGUCAAGAAGACGUUGGUCCAGUCACCUUAGGAAUGUCGAACUUUGCUGGAAUCAUUCUUGUUUGGCUAUUGGGCUCUAUUUUAGGCACGUUUACUUUCCUUGUCGAGUUGAUUUUAACAAAUGUUCCUCAACUUAAUUUAAACACUUCGUUGUUGGAUAGAUUUAGUUAUAUCUGAUAUUUUUCU